GAAGCUUCAGUCGGAUGUAUUUUGAAGGCUGGCUUAAUUCAAACUAUCCUUUUCCCCCCUUUGAUUUUCAUUUUCAAUUAUGAACGACUUUUUCAAGUGGAAAGAGAUUUUUAUGCUUUUACCAAGUAGAGUUUUCUGGUUUGGUAGAAAGUAGGAAACGUAUUUGUUCAGUUCCUCUUGGCUUAGCUGGUCAUUUGCUUGUAAAUAAAAUUCGAUUUUGGGUAUGUUUCUGACAUUUUUUGCUGCAAAAUAGCGUCUGCUUAGUCAUUUGUUUCUCUAAGUCCAAAAAUUGGAGUCGGGACUAAUCACAAACCCUCGUACGCAAAUGCAGUUUGAGAUCCAGCACACCUGGGAUAGCAACCCUGUGAAUCAUGACCCCAUCAGGAUUGUUUUCUCUCCCAGUCCAUGGGGGCUGAAGAUGCAGGUGUUUGGUCCUUUCUUUAAUGACCCAGCAGCCCCUCCAGGGCCCCCCGGCCAGGCCUUCCCUGGACUCUGGGAUUAUGAAGUUGUGGAGUCCUUUUUCCUAGACAGCACUACUGAAAAUUACCUUGAGGUGGAGGUUUGUCCACAUGGACAGCACUUGAUAUUACUGCUGUCAGGUGUCGGCCAAGCAUUCCAGCAACAACUGCCCAUGGUGUUUGGUGCCACAAUCACAGAGGGAAGGUGGAUGGGUGAAGCUGUAAUCCCCUGGUCAUACUUCCCUCCUAAUGUCAACAAGAUGAACUCUUACGCCAUCCACGGCUCAGGAGACAUGCGUACAUAUGAGGCUCUCUACCCCAUCCCAAAAGAGGAGCUAGUGGAAGGGCAAAAACCCAACUUCCACCGCCUGGAGUAUUUCCAAAAUUUCCGCCUGCAAAGCAUUAUGGGAGAAGGUUGGGUCCAGCCUGAGUCUGAUUUGUGGAAGGGAAAGCCUUAAGCUUUAAAAAAAAAAAAAACACCCCCUUUUUGUCGGUCUCUCUCUUGCAUACACAUACACACACACACACACACACCAUGGCUGCAGGGUUAUAGUACAAACACUCACUGACAGGGAACAAAGGGCAAUCAAUCUUUAUUAGUUAAUGAUGUGAAAUGAUAUGACAAGAAAUAUGUUAUCAGCUUGUCAGAGCGCAUUAGCCUUCACACACAUCGGUGGAAGCGCGCAGACACACACGAACACACAUGCACGCACGCAUCAGGCGGUAUUGGACGUCGCCUGAAAUUGGCUCGGCAGUGUGUGACCUACAGCGGUUACACUGUGCAUGGUGGCAACGAAUGCUCACUUUGACAUUCAGCUCCUGUGUAGCCUGUUCAUUUCAGUUCAGUGAGAUAAACCACAGCAGGUUCUUGAUUCUUUGCCCUGGCUGCUAAGACUUUUACACACACACACACACACACACACACACACACUCUUUUGGAGAGAUUACUAAGCUUUACAAUCAUUUUAGCCUUACAUUUAAGACCUUGGUGACCAAAGAGGUUACCACCAAAAUUAUGUAAUUAUUUUUUUUAAUGAAAUUGUUUAAUUAAACUGUUAAAUUAUUGCCAUACUAUGAUCUCUGAUGAUUGUAAUUACAAAUGAGUUUAACUGCUCAGUGUAUUCUCGACUUUCAAUAAAGCUUGAAUGAAUGAAUGAAUUUCCUGGAGACGUACCCUAACACUAACCAUAACCUCUACUUGCCUAAUCCUAACCUUUACCACCAAUCCAAAAAUCAGCUGUUUCCUAAUUGGUGACAUGGGUUUUGUCCCCACUUGGAAAAGCCAUCUCUAAUUAACUGGGCUUCAAGUUUGUCCCCAAAAGUAGCCUAUGACAGACCCACACACACACACACGCACACUCCACUCAAGUGAAAAAUCUGUUCUCCAGAGAUACGUGCCAGAGCUUUUGAUGUAGUGCUCUAUUGUAAUUACAUCCGUUUGCAAUCAUCCAAUCCCUUUGUCAUUUCCUUUUACAAUUAAAUAUGUUUAAUAUAUUGAUUACAUUGUGCUGAUUAAGUGUUUUUUUGUUUGUUUUUUUCCUGAGUGUUUGGCAAAUGUCAAUUUCAUUUUGUUUCUUGAUGUGUGCCAUAUCUGUCCAUUAAACCAAUGUCAA